AUGAGUCUGGAAGGACUGAUCCGCGGCAGAAUCGAGGCUGUUGAGCAGGCGUUCAAGGAUAAGGAUUUGGAGAAAUUCCUUAGCCACUACGCUCCCAACGCUGUAAUCGUCGACGCCAAGCAGAACAAACUUUUUGUCGGAACCGAGGCCAUCACCGGGCUCUUCAAGGAGUGGGCUACUUUUGGAUCCUUCACCAACAAGAACACCAACGAGACCUUCGAAGGCUCCGAGCAGCUCAUCCGCUACUCUGCCACCAGCACCAUCACCUUCGAGGGCGGCAAAACUUUCGUCACCAACUUUAUUCAGUACUGGCGCAAAGUUGAUGGCAAGUACGUUGUGGAAACGGAUGUUUUUGACAUUGUCAAC